AUGGAACCUUCUGCGAUGGAAACGCGCAGCCCCGGAACAGACUAUCACCGUAUCGAUCUACGCUCGACGCAUCCAACAGAGAUGAGCAGCACCAGCUCACCCGGAUCCGGCUCACUUAACCGCUUUGCUUGCCAAUUUGAUCCAGGCUCGAAAAAUGGUCGCGUUCUGGUACUAUUAUUCGACCGCAAUGGGGAUUCGGUCCUUAAGGAAAUGAGUCGUCUUGAUGUCCUGCGAAUGACUCUCCAAGCUGCACUACCCAAAGAAGAGGAUCCCGAGAAGGUCGACAAGUCCGUGGACGUUGUGGGGCCGCCACUGCGUCGAGUGGGUAGUAUCGGAGCCAAUGGUCGGCGAGGUAGUCUGAACUUAAUGCGCGGGGAUGGUGGAGGACCUGAUGGAGCUAGUUAUGGCACAGUCUGUGAUGUUCAGCGUGUUCAUGCGCGAGACAUUCGAAGGAUGGAGAACGCGUUCUCUGUGUCAAAUGAGCCCGCGAUCAUUAUACGAAAGCAGGCAAUUCUAAUCAGUGCUGACCCUUUACGAGCGAUUGUGAUGCGAGACAUGUGUUUGGUGUACGUACCUGAUGGCGCUGACAGUCUUUUGUCAAUUUUGAAGGAUCAAUUUCGCCAGACUGCUCGAGAAAAUGCAGAAGACCCGUAUGAGUUCAGAGCACUUGAAGUCUUGUUGGCAACGUUAGCGCGGUAUUUUCAGGAAGAUUACGAUAAGCUUUCUCCUGUUGUGUUUGCAGCACUAGAUCGGCUGGUGCAUGAAAAUCUUCACUCACAUGAGUUGGAGACGCUACGCGAGUUUAAAAAUGCCAUGAACGAGUUUGAAUCACAGGUAGACGGUGUUCGCCGUUUACUGAUGGAUCUGCUUGAUAACGAAGAAGAUUUGCGUUUGCUGUACCUCACGAAGCUUUAUGAGAACCCUUCUCUUCUUACGGAUUUAUACAGUUUUGAUUCCGAAGAAGCCGAAGUUUUGAUUGAAAACUACUUGCAGGACAUUUUUUCGACCCGUACAAAAGCAGAUUUGAUGCAGCACAGGAUCACGAAUACAGAAAGUUUGGUAAUGCUGAAACUGGACUCGAUGCGAAACUAUUUGCUUCGAGUAGACUUGGUCUUUUCGCUCGUCACAAUCAGUCUUUCCGCUGGCACGCUACUUGUUGGCGUGUUUGGUAUGAAUCUAUCAUCAGGCGUGGAGGAUGCAUGGGGGUGGUUUUGGGGAGUUGCGACUACUUGUCUGGUCGUCUUUAUAAUAAUUACAGCGGCUGGAGUUUUAUUUUUUAGACAGAAAGGGGUGCUACAAAUUUGA